AUGCUGGAUGAACGAACAGCCCAUUUUGGAAGGACUGGCCGGAUAUCAGCUGAUGCCUUUAGUAGAAGUUUCUUGGAGUGGAGUGCUGUAAAGUUUGAGGUGGACAGGAUGUGCAAGGAGCCAUGCUUUAGCUGCCCUGCCUGCACUCCAGACAUGCUUGCCGUCUCAGUUGAUGGAAACCGUAAGCUUUAUCGCUUUCAAUCUAAUGCAAGCACUUCAGAGCAGGGGAACUUUGAAGGUGUCUUCAUUGAAAAAGAUGAGGAUGUUGCUGAGUUUGUGAAAUACAUCCAGAGACACACAAAUCAUAUCAAAUGGGGAGGUGCGUUUCAGGAUGGGGCCGGUUCAACAGUUGGAGAAGAGGUGGAAAAAGUAAACAGUUUCCUGUCUAGGGCGGCCAUCACAACGAAGUACAUGUCUAAAGCAGGGCGAACAGACAUGCUGACCCUCCUGGCUUUGGGUUGGAACAAAAGGAAAGUGGAACAACUGGGCCGCACUUUGAACCAGAGAUAUCUCAAGAUCAUAAGGAUCCUUAGAGAACAAGUGGAGAGCCUGAAUGCGACCAAAAAUGAGCUGGGUGUGGAUGACGAAACACUGCAGCAAUGGGUGGACGAUGUGCAGAAAUGGGCUGAAGAAACUGAUCAAACUGAUGGCAGCCUUGGAGCGUUGCAGGCACGAAUAGAGGAGCUUGUCGUCAUCAUCAGAGUGCGAACACAAAGUCUUUACAGACAAAAUGAUAGCAACAAGAGGCGACACAGAAUUCGCAAGGUCAUCUUAGAUGAGAAGAAACGCUUGGCGGCUGCUGUUGACGACUACAACAAGCUUGCUGAACCAACAAAGCAAAUCGUAUCCAGUGAUGCCCUCAUCCAGACCGACAUUUGGCUCUGGCAGAGCACAAGUGAACCUGCUGCAGACCUCCAGACAAAGAGAAAGGUCUUUGAUAAGGUGAUGGCUGUGAGGCGCCUGAGAGAGGAGGAGAUGAUCCUUUGCAGGGAGAUGCGGCAUCACCGGACAGUGUUGCGAAUGCGAUCUGUGGUGUUGGGGACAAUCUCCUCAGGCUCCUCCCUUGUUGGCAUGUCGGAGGAUGCACAGAAGGGACUCCAUAGCCUGGUUUUAAAAAAACAAAGUGAACUGAAAGCUGAAAUGCUCAAAGUAAAGGACAUGUACAAGAGAAUCCUCAGCCACCAACCACUCCUGGAAAUGGACUCGGAGGAGGAGGAGGAGGAGGAGGACAUUCCAGACGAUGCCACUGAGAGUGAUUUAAGCACUUCUGAUGAAGACUGA